GAGAAACGCUGAAUGUUGUUGCGUGCAAAAGCAGGCUGAGGGGGAGACGAGUAGGGAGAAAAGACAAGUUAGUUAUGCCCUACAUUGUCAACAACAAAUCCUCACUGGCUCCAAUUUCAUGAUGGACCUAAAUCUUUAAAUUUAAUUUUAAAUUUAGAGUGGCAGUUGGAGUGUUAUUGAUUCAGUCCUAGAGCUACCACAGACAUUGAGUCCAAGUCACUCGUCUGUAGUCGUCAUGGAGCUGUCAAAAGGUGGUGUGUCUUCUUCAUUAGCUUAAAAUGGAUUGUAGAGCGUACAAAGUAGAUCAGUAUGAAUGAAGAAGAACUCUUAAUAAGGGCCGCGGAAGAGCGUGCCAUUAUUGUCAACAAAUAUGCUCAUGGAAGAGAGGAAGGUGCUCAAAUUGACCCGUGGGAAGACCCACAAUUUGAAAUAUAUCAUGUCACUGAUCGCUAUGGGUUUAUUCAUGAUGAACGAAUUGCUCAGCGUAACGAUAAAAAACAAAUACAAGUGGAAAUGGAACGGGAGAAGAAAUGGCUGAAAAUGGCCAAAGAAUGGGAUCAUCAUAAACGUAGCCCAGAAAAGUUAAGACGCCGGGUGUACAAAGGCAUUCCAGACUCUCUGAGAGGAACAUUUUGGAGUCGAUUGCUAAAUUUAGAAACAAUUAAACAAGAGCAGAAGGGGAAGUAUGAGGAAAUGCGAGCAAUAGCAUGGAAGUGGUCACCUGACAUAAGACAAAUUGAUUUGGAUGUUAAUAGAACGUAUAGAGACCACGUGAUGUUUCGUGAGCGCUAUGGCUUAAAACAGCAAGCGUUGUUUAAUAUUUUAAGCGCUUAUUCUGUUUAUAAUAGGGAAAUUGGGUAUUGUCAAGGAAUGUCUCAAAUAGCUGCACUUCUCUUAAUGUAUAUGAAUGAGGAAGAUGCAUUUUGGGCUUUGUCAGCAUUAAUAUGUGACAAGAAGUAUUGUAUGCAUGGGUUCUAUAUUCAAGGAUUUCCUAAGCUUGUGCGAUAUCAAGACCACCAUGACAAGAUAAUGAAUAAAUUCCUACCAAAGCUCAAGAAGCAUUUAGAUCGCCAUGGAGUUGAUACUGGUAUCUACACUCUUAAAUGGUUUUUCCAAUGUUAUCUAGACAGAGUCCCUUUUCGACUUGCGCUGCGAAUAUGGGAUGCCUAUUUAUUAGAUGGAGAGCGAGUGUUAAUUGCUGUGGGUUACAACCUUUUGAAAUUACAUCGUCAACAACUUAUGCGACUGGGCAUGGAUGAUAUUUUAACAUACCUACAGAUUCGAAUGGAACGAAGUGAAAUGGAUGAUGAUAUUGUAAUGGAGAGCCUCCAGCGUUGUAUGGAAGAGUUGAAGAAAGCUAAGUUACACUACCCUGGUCCUUCACCUCCAGAUGAACUUCCGAAAAUGCCAUUUGGAACAUUUACUGAGCCAACAUUUGAGCAGAAGGUGGGGAGAAGAACAAGUGAAUUGACAGCACUGGAAAGAGUAGCUACAGAAUCCGUGGUGUUAAGGAGACAACAGACUGAGGAACAACUAGAAAUGGAUCAACUUUCACCCCGACCCCCUGGAGCAACAAGCAACGGUCAUCACAGGCUGUCUCAUAUCUCUGGUAGUGACGGCGGAAAUCUUGGAGGAUCCAAAUUCUCCUUUGAUCCCAGCAUCGAUGACGCAAGCUCUUUGGUUUCUCGGCGAUCAUUGGCGGACACCAGUGUUACAUCAACUGCAGACCUCUCUGUAUUUUCUUCAGUGACUCGAUCUCAUGCGCAAGAUAAUAGUUUAGAUACACACAGUAAUGUAUCUGAUGAAAGUUCAGGGCCAAGGGCAAUUACUCCCACUGCUACUCCUAGAGCUCUUACUCCACAGCCUUCGGCCCCUAGUCCUGAUGUUGUUAGAAUAUAUGUUCCAUAUUCUUCACCUUCUCCACCUUCACCCUGUCGGCAAAACGGCGAUCUCCCACCAAGAUCUUUACCAUGCCCACUUACAUCAGACCAGAACAAGUUGAUAAUUAAGGUGGACAAUAACAGCCAGGAAGAGCAAACACCCAUAGUUGAACAUGGUCAUUUGGUAAAGCCCUUCCAGCUCAAUAGUCCUGAAAUAGACUUAAAAUAGGUACUGGAAAUUUUACGUCAUUGGCAUUAUAGUUCAAUUAUUGUUGGUACCUGAUAUGACUUUGGUAUUUCUAGUAGGCUAUACCAAUCCAUAAAUGAGAUAAAUGAACUAUAGGUAAGCAUUUAGAUUUGACAAUUAUGAAUUUGUAUUUAUUUUAAUAUCCAAGUGAGCAUUACAUACCUGUGUUAUUAGGCCUUUCUACUGAAUCUUUGUUUUUCUUAUAUAAGGCUUUAGCUUAAGUAUAUUUGGAGUCCAUAGCACUGUUGUUUGUAUGCAAAUUUAGAGCAAAAUUUUAAUGAUAUUUUGAAACUUAAAUUAUGGCGGAUUUGAAGAUUUUUAGAGAUUUAUUGUUGCUUGUGGUUUUGCUUUUUCAGCACAAAUUAUGUUAUGUAUAUGUCAGUAUUUGUACAUAACAGACUUACGUUCUCAAAGAUAUGCUUUGUGUGGCAGCAGUCUAGAACUCAGUCAACAACUUUAGUUUACUGUAAAUCAAAGACAAAUACAAAAGACAGCUCUUUGACUAUAGAGCUCGUGAAGAAAUGCACACUUGCCCCUAACCAUCUACUUAAUUUUCAUUGCCUUAAAGUUUCACUCCGCUUGAAUGAUCUUGACUAUGCUACUUGUGUGUGCCGCCACUUUCAAGCUGCUUGACCAUUCAUGCUUUCUACUUGAGCAUGAUAACAAAUAAUCCCAUCUCUCUCUGUCAUGAAUCUCAAAAAUGGUAGAUCUAUCUGUAAAUCUGACAGUGGGAUUUAGAAAUCUAGUUAUUUUAUUUUUAAGAACUGUUCCAGAAAUUCAUUCAAGAAAAAGAUUUGACUUUACUUAUCAUGCAUACAAUACUUUCAGUACUACUGCAUAUCUCUCUUAAAUACUAUUAUGUUUUAAUUUUGUACGGAUUUAAAAUGUUUGGUGAUCACAGAUGCAACUUUACAACAAUCUGUUUUUCUUCUGUUUUUAUUUCCUUUCAGAAUUUUUAAGUUUAUUGUUGUCAUCUUUAAUUAGAGAUACACUCAAGUAAAGUUGUAAAAUGUGCCAAGAUUUUAACAUUUACUGAAUCAGAGCAUUGACAGUCCAUCAAAUGUGGACAAUGGUUAGACUGUUAAUUUCUUGAAGCAAGAGUCAGGGAAUAUUAUUUCCACAGUAUGAAAUUAUGGGACGGGGAAUAUGCCCUGCUGUAUUAUUUUAUUUUUGAGAUGUGGUGCUGACUGUUAAAGGAGCAGCUGCAUGGUCUAUGUUCUGAAUUUUUUGCUAUAAGAGUCAUAAUCACUUAUUUUAUGAUGCAAUGUGAUGAUGUACUGUUUCCCAUUGGUCUGCAAUGGUUCCCUUUCCUCUUAUAGAGGACAAUGAAAGAUAUUAAGUACAGUAUGCUUAAUGAAUAGGUAGUUAUUUCUUACUCAUGUAUGUUAUGUAUGUUACUCUCUUCAUGUCUGCUUUGUAGGUGUAAUAGGUUGAAAAAGUGGUUAACUGUUGUUAUCUAAUCCAUAUCAUGAACAAAAAUUAUCUUAUAUGUACUUUUUUGAAGUGAACGUGGUAUUUUUUGGGUAUAUAAAAGUUUGAUGAAAACAUUGUAUUUUCUGGUAAUUUGUUUUCAAUUCUACAAAUGCCGGCCUUGAUUUCGCACUUCUUCUAUGCUAUGCUAAUUGAUUGAAUGACAAAAAAUUUGCAAUUUUCAUUAGAAAAAAAGUAUUUUUUAUUAAGACACAGAUUAUGUGCAGUAUUGGUAUGUGAAUUUGUUUUAUAUUGUAAACAUGUACUUACCCCGUAGAUAAUUAAAUCAGUAAAAAGGAAAAUUUAGGAAAAGAGAAUGCUUUGUGCUGAUGACAUGGUGAGUGUGUGUCAAUUAGUGCCUAAAUGUAUUCAGUAGCAGUUGAAAAUCUGCUAAGGUUUUUCUAAAUUCAGAUGAGUCACUUCUGUCUUAAUGAUUCCCUAAAAUUGCUAUUUCUUCAAAUUUUACACUCCAACUAUUACAAAUAUGGUGAUGCUGCUGACAUAUCGGGUGUUAUUCUCCCUCUGUCAGAGGGGCACUGCAUUGUUCUUACAUGGUUAUAGAAUCAUACACUUCUUUAACCAAAGAAUAUCAAUAAAACGUAAUCAGUUAGUUAACACUGUGAUGUAGUGGUUGUACUCUAAAGUUGUUAUGAAAUUUCUAAAGUCUUCUAAAAUCCAUUUGUGGUUUGUUCUCUGAAAUAUUUUUGUCCAUCAAUCUUAAGCUGUCUGCUCUUGAGGUUGUUAAACUUAAAUGCCAGCAUCCUGUUUCUUUUCACCUUUUGUCAGUCAGUUAAAAUGUCAUGUAGGUAGCUUAUUGGAAUUAGUUUCCUAUUCUUAAAUAUUAUAAUCAUGUUCUAUUAAUACCAAAUUUCAUUCUGCUUGUUAUGUUUAUAUUUAGGUUUUCUGUUAAAACAGCAUGGAAAAUUGUAGAACAAGAAAAAUGUUUGUAAUUAUGUAGCUACAGAUGUCAAUGUUAAAAACAUGAUAUAUUUUAAAAUAGGAUGUGGAGUGAUGCAAAUUCUUUAGGACUGUGUUUGUUACAACUUAUUUUAGUGCUGGCCUCUUUCUCCAAAAGUAAGUUAGCAACUGAAAAUUGCUCUCUAUUAAAAUGUGUCUCCUGCUCAUCUGUUACUGUAUUCCAGCUACCGCCUCAUCAAUAUAUUUUUAAAUAAUCACCUUGGAAGGUGACUCGUCUCUCCUGCUGACGGCUAACUUAUGAUAGAGUUUCUAUGGCAAUCUUUCCCUUAGAUUUUUCAGUUGAACAGUAAUUGGUUGUGCGUGUGUUUAGUAAACAGCAGUGCAACUACAUAUUAUUGUUACUAAUUUGCUAGAUCUAAAAGUUUUUCUCCUAAGACUGUGUAGAGUGUUUAGAUAAGUUUUUUCCUGGUAUGAAAACGAUCUCUGAAGUAAAAAAAUAUUAUAGAAAUUAUCAAAAUAUGUACAACAUUCCAGGACAUGGGAUAGGAUUUUACUGACUGUUCAGGUUUAAGUGAUAUGUAAGUUUUAGCUAAAUCUAAAAACUCUACACAGUCCAAUUAGGAUUAGAAGCUGUCUGAAAGUUUAACGAUUUCCUUGCAUUUUGACAUGCAAUAAUGUGGUAAUGAUUUACAUUCUAGCAAUAACCUUGUAGAUUUUCUGUGUAUUUAUAUUUUUCUAUGGAAGUAAUGCCAAAAAUUGUACUAAAAAUCAACCUUUGUUUGGUCGUUCCAUUUGGAAAUGUUUCUAAUCUUUCUAGUGGUUAUUAAAAUAUUUUGGCAUUCAACAAAUUUUGAUGUACUAACGUAAAAUACCAUUACUAUGCAUUCUUGUAUCAUUGGCCCGUUUCCUGCUAUUUAGUGUAACAGCACCUGUAAGGGUGCGGUAAAAACAUCUAAAUUUUAAUAAUAAAUGAAUAUUUAUUUUA